AUGCAUCCGACAUACCGUCGAGAGGAGAGAGAGCUUCCCGAGGACGACGUUAGGCGAGCGCAUAUGGGUGGCGGUUCACACGGACGCAAGGCGCUUGCGAAUCGAAGCUACUGGAUCGGCUUACGGCGCCACGCCAUCGAUUCCGAAGCCGGCUCUUUUUGGUUGCCAGAUCCGCUUCCGGGAUUGAUGGAUGGAGAAGCUGCCGAGAAGGCGAGACAAGCGAAGGGGCGCAAUAGCGCUUUGUUGCGCAAGUGCAGCGCCAUCGGGAGAAGGGGUGUGGCGCUACGGGAUCUGGACCAGGCUGCGUCGGAGGGAUGGCCCCCCUUCGCCCGCCACUUUGAGCUAGUGGCCGCGGGCAUGGGAGAGAAUGCAAAACAGGCGACGCUCGAUAGCAAGCAGCACGCAUCGCUUGGGAAGUGCACUGCAUCUUGGCUCUUGCGCCACAGUUCUCCUGCGGUCACACUUGCGACGGCCAAGAGCGUCGUUGCAGAGAAGAAGACACGGGCGGGCACGAGCCGGGACUCUUCCCUUGAAGUUCCCCUCGAGGAACCGCUGCCGUGCACCCCGCGCUCUCUCUUCUCCUCCUCCUCCGGGGGCGGAUUGGGUUCCAUCGGCGAGCAAGCCCUGUUCGACGCUCGCAGCCUCGAACCGCUUCAUGCCCGCACCUGCAUCUCCAUGCGCCCAGUGGGAACGCCAGACGCGCUCCGCCGUGCAAGUCGCAUGGCCGCCCAGAACGCCCCCGUCGGUCCCCUCGAGAGCAGCUCCCCUUCGCCUAUCGACGCGCUGCCACGCCGCUUCAUUCGAGGGGGCUCGCUCGACCAUCGCCCUCGUCGCAUCACAUUGUUCAAGAUGGCGGACCUCAUGCCCACCUUCCCCGCCAUGGACCUCUCGCUGGGUUGCAUGUACAUCGGCGUCAUGCUCAACGUCUGGCUCUUCGGUUUCUCGAUUGUGCAGGCGUACAUCUACUAUGUGCACUUUAAGAGCGACAAGCCCUUUAUGCGUUACUUUGUGCUCUUCCUCGUGGUCGCCGACACGGUCAAUGCCGUAUUCGACCAGGUGUUCAUGUACCAGUAUCUGGUUUCCAACUUUGGCAACCUCACCUACGCCGCCAAGAGCAACCGCGCCUUUGCCGCCGACCCCGUCAUGACGGGCAUCAUUGCCUUUUCCACCCAGCUCUUCUUCGCCUGGCGCGUGUACAAGCUCAUGCACUCCAAGAUCAUGCCCGCCUUCAUCUGCGUCGGUGCGGCCGUGUCGCUGCUCAGCGCCAUUGGCACCACCAUCGGCGUCGAGAUCGUACUCUUCUUCCAGGAAUUCCAAAAGUUCCAGGUGGUCGUCAUCCUCUGGCUCGGAUUCGCCGCGCUCACCGACGUGCUCAUCACGGGCUCGCUCGUCUUUACGCUCAACAAGUCGCGCACCGGAUUCGCCGCCACCGACGACGUCAUCACCAAGCUCAUCCGCAUGACGCUCCAGACGGGUGCGCUCACCACGCUGUUCGCCAUUAUCGACCUCAUUCUCUUCCUCGCAUCGACGACGACGCUCCACCUCGUCUUCAACCUGCCGCUCGCCAAGCUCUACGUCAACUCGCUGCUCUCUACGCUCAACGCACGCGUGACGAUUGGCGCCGGCGCGCAGCAGUACACCAUGGAGGGUUCGGUGAGCGACAAUGCGCGUCGCGGCAUUUCGACGCGCACCAAGCGAUCCAACGUCUUCCGUCCCGGUGGCAACAAGCAGCCCACGAUCAUCCGCACGCACGCCUCGCAGCACGACGUCGAGGAAGGCCUCGCCGAGUACAACAGCCAGGAGCAGUUUGAGACGGGCAUCCACAUCAAGACCAUCGAGGAGACCUUCGAGGAGCGCCACGACGUCGACGGCAUGGGCGGCUUUGACUCGAGCUCGCACAACGACUCGCUCCCCGCGCUCGAAAAGAGCCGACACGACCACGACUCGCUCUAG